GUUGAGCCAAGGCGGCGGGGGAGCGUCGGCGCUCUCGGCAUCACCAGCUUCGCCAAGGACUCCGAGGCCGCGAGCCGCGGCCGCAGAGGGCCAAGCGGCGCCUGCUGCCUCGCAAGUUCGACAGCCAUCUCCGAGCAGCCCACCUUUGCCUUGGUCACCAAUUGGUGGGUCUUUGACGCCUACGGGCAUCCAGCAGCCCGGUCAGGACCAGAGCCCUCCAAGCCCGAGCACACCGCCUCAGCCAGCACUUCAGGCAUUCUCACUGCGACUUCCAGCGCCGCCGGGCAGCCUGGGGCGAGCUUGCUUCGCUUGACGGGGUCUUGA